GACAUAUGUGUAACAUUACAGAUCUUUCACAAGGAGGGGUUGUAUUUUAAAAACAACUGCAGAAACAUGUUAUAAGUGGUCCAUUUGGUCUGUAUAAUAUGUCCCAUAAUUUUCCUAUAAGGAGAAAUUGGUCCGGGUUCUUAUGGGUUAACAUGUACAAUUUUAUUCAAUUAUUUUUAAAAAUAAGCUACAUAUUUAAGAAAAAAGUUGUGUCCCCCAAAUUCAUGUCUGUGGUGUUACAACAAUGGAUGUCGCCCCUUUAAGAAAAAGGGAGAAUUCUAUUUGGACUACCUGCCUGUAAAGGUUGAUCUGAGGGGUACAUGGGGAGUACAUUCUUUCUUAUUAAUUUUCUUAAGUUUAGCUAAAUUUCUGACAAUUCCAUGUGCCACACUUUAUUAAUGUCUGUGGUUUUAUGUUGAUAACUCGCAGAUUUUACAUAUUUUAAUCAAAAUGUUGAUGAAUACAUAGGCUACUUAUUAAUAUUUCCAAAAUGUCCCCUGAUCUUGAAAUCAUCAUGAUAGCAGCCUCCAUUUUAGAGAAGUCUGGAUUUAGGCCGAUUUGUCUGUGGUGUUACUGUCUGUGGUUUUACUGUCUUUUCUGCUAACAGCACAGAGCUUACAGUAACUUGCAAUAUGAAGUCUGUGGUGUUAUAUUAUGUCUGUGGUGUUACUUCAAAAUGACAUAGACAUAAGUGGCUGUGUCAUCAGUGUUUGAUUGAAAUUAUUUAAAAAUCAAAAUGUUCUUAAGCUUUCAUUUUAACGGAUAUGGCAUGUUAAAUUAAUUUUAAAUGCAUAGCAAUAUAUUUUAUUCGAGAAAAAAACAAAAACAAACAAGCAUUUUUACAAAUUCUGCCUCUCAUUUGCCACCCCAAUUGAAGAAUGACCCAUUUAUUAAGAACAUUAAGAAUGUACAAACCUGUUUUCGUUACAGCUGUGUAAUCGCAUAUCGGACGAAUCUGCCAGAAAGGAAAGUAAAAUAGCUCACUUGCACGCGCACAACCCCAGUUAACCGCAGUUGUUCCGUAACCCCGCUGUUUUACAAAGACACUUGAUGAUGCAGAGUAUGAAUUUCCCUCAUGCUUUGUUCAGUUUUAAUCUACUUCAUGAGCAAGGUUACAGUUUUAUCAUUUUGCUCCUGGUGGAAUUGCCACAAAUCUUAUCCAGUACAUGUCCGAGAUUUACUGAGUCAGUUUCAGGCAUGGAGGGAGAUUCUGUGACUUUUUACCCUGAUUCUACUGCACUACAGGUAGAUGAUGUGAUAUAUUGGACGUUUAGUCAUUUAGAUCUAUGUGUAGCUAAAAUCACUGAUGCGAAAACGAUUACAUGUGGUGAUGAGAGAUUCGAGGAGAGAUUUAAGCUUGAUCAUCGUACUGGAAGUCUCACCAUCAGAAAUAUCAGCACAAAAGACACUGGACAUUACGAAUUUACCAUCAUCAGAAGUGGACACUUGGAAGCAUUCAAAUGUUUUGGUGCUAUUGUCUACAGUUCUUUAACUGCUCCUGUCAUCACCAAUAGCUCUUCACAAUGUUCCUCAUCAAACCAGAAUUGUUCGCUGCUGUGUUCAGCUGUGAAUGUGAGUCACGUGACUCUCUCCUGGUUCAAAGGAAACAGUUUAUUGUCCAGCAUCAGUGUGUCUGAUCUCAGCAUCAGUCUCUCUCUUCCUCUGGAGGUGGAAUAUCAGGAUAACAACACCUACAGCUGUGUGCUCAAGAAUCCCAUCAGAAACCAGACUACACAUCUGGACAUCAGUGAACUCUGUCGACCAUGUCCAGAACUCUACCAACAUUCACAUACUGUGCUCAUGAUACCACUUAGUUUAGUGUUUUUGGUCGUGACUGCAGUAGGUGUGAUGAUCUAUUGCAGAAUGAAAUCCAGACGAGCAAGAUGAGGAGAGUAAUCUGAUGGAGCAGAAAGCAUUAUGCACUGAAAUGAUGAUCUGACAAUCCAACAGACUGCAGUCGCUGUACGACAGAUCUCUGAUACAGCCAUUCCAUAUGAUGCUGCAUUUCAACACUAAAAUCAUUUAAUGGCGUAUGGAUAAAAACUGAAAAAGCUAGUGACUGCAUUGAAUUAAUGUGCAUUAAGUAUGAAAAGUAUUGAUAACAAAAGUACAGGAGUAAUAUUGUUUUAUGUAACAAGUGUUAAGCUUUUUGUUCCUGGACCCUGAUAUUUUUAUUUGCCUUUAUACAUAUCUAUAUUUACCAUUAUUUGGUGCUUUUUCUUAAUCAUUAAACUAAAUAAUUUAAACGCAA